UCGGUCCUGAGCACCCACACCAUGUUGGGCAUCACCGUCCUCGCUGCGCUCCUGGCCUGUGCCUCCAGCUGUGGCGUUCCCAGCUUCCUGCCCAACCUAUCGGCCCGGGUGGUAGGAGGAGAGAAUGCCGUUCCCCACAGCUGGCCCUGGCAGAUCUCCCUCCAGUACCUCAAGGAUGACACAUGGAGGCACACAUGUGGCGGCACCUUGAUCGCCAGCAACUUUGUCCUCACCGCUGCCCACUGCAUUAGCAAUUCCCGGACCUACCGUGUGGCCCUGGGGAAGAACAACCUGGAGGUGCCAGACGAGGAAGGCUCCCUGUUUGUGGCAGUGGACACCAUCCAUGUCCAUGAGAAGUGGAACUCCCUCCUUUUGCGCAAUGACAUUGCUCUCAUCAAGCUGGCGGAACACGUGGAGCUGAGUGACACCAUCCAGGUGGCCUGCCUGCCAGAAGAGGGCUCCCUGCUGCCCCAGGACUUCCCCUGCUAUGUCACAGGCUGGGGCCGCCUCUGGACCAACGGCCCCAUUGCGGACGAGCUGCAGCAGGGCCUGCAGCCAGUGGUGGAUCACGCCACGUGCAGCAAGCCAGAUUGGUGGAGCUUCAGGGUGACCCAGAACAUGGUGUGCGCCGGGGGUGAUGGCGUCAUCUCAGCCUGCAAUGGGGACUCUGGUGGCCCGCUGAACUGCCAGGCUGAGAACGGAUCCUGGGAGGUACGUGGCAUCGUCAGCUUUGGCUCUGGGCUGGGCUGCAACACCCAGAAGAAGCCCACAGUCUUCACCCGGGUGUCCACCUACAUUGACUGGAUCAACGAGAAAAUGCAACUGUGAUCUGUCCUGGGAAGCCAUGGCAGCAAAUCCCAACAACAGCAAUAAACCUCCUUCCCCCCUACCCACC